GUUCUCUUUCUUUCUUGUGCCUUUUUUCUCUCAUCGACCAAAUCUUCUUCCUUUCUCCAGAAUCCAACGCCGUCAAUAAUGGUGGAUAUUCAACCUGUUUGCUGCAUGUGCGGUGACGUCGGUUUCCCUGAAAAGCUCUUCCGCUGCAACAAAUGCCUCCACCGGUUUCAACACUCGUAUUGCAGUAACUACUACAGCGAGUUCGCGGAACCGGUUGAACUGUGUGAUUGGUGCCAGAGAGAAGAAAGAAACCCAAAGCAAGGAAGCUCUUCAAAGAAAUCAUCAGUCUGUAACGAAGCUGGAAUUAUGAAUCGAUCGGAGUAUUCUGGUGACAAAAUCAAGCAAGAGAGUGGCGAUCACAAAGGAAAGAGCAGUGGAACCCCUUCUCCAAGGCCUACGACACGCAGGUACAAGCUUCUCAAGGAUGUGAUGAGUUAAAAACACUUGAAAAAUAAUUAAAAUAAAUGGUUUAUGUCAAGAAACCAUCGUGUGUUUCACAGUAGCAAAACAUGUUU